AUGGUAUCUGAUACUGACACCGGCUACCUGCGUCGGUGCGUUGAGCUGGCACGCGAAGCCCUCGAGGCUGGCGACGCCCCCUUUGGCUCCGUGCUCGUGAAUGCUGCGGGAGCGAUCCUGAAAGAGGAUCGCAAUCGCACCGUAUCCGAGUCCGACCUGACCCUGCAUCCCGAAUUCACACUAGCCGACUGGGCUCAGAAGAACCUCAGCGUGGCCGAGCGCGCGUCCUGUACGGUGUACACGUCGGGCGAGCACUGCCCCAUGUGCGCCAGCCUUCACGCCUACGUGGGAUUGGGCCGGAUUGUAUACGCAGUCUCCAGCGAGCAGCUCGUGGCAUGGCGGACAAAACAUGGCGUACCAGUCGGCCCAGUGAGCCCCGUCGCGAUCCAGACGGUCGCCCCGGGUGUGGUUGUGGAUGGUCCGGCGCCGGGUGUGGACGUGGACGUCUUUAAGCUGCAUCAGCUUCGGCGGGACAGAAACGCGUCCAAGUGA